AUGAACGAUCUUAAGGGCCAAUUGGAUGCCCAGGGUCGGGAAACAGAGAAGUAUCUGUACCUUCUUCAGGAGAAGGAGGAGGAGUUGAACCGAGCAGUUGCUCUUUCCAAUCUUCGGCCCGAGCUUGACGCAGCGAAGGCCGAGAAUCGUCAGCUGAGGAGUGAACUGGCCGCCAUGACCGAAUACAAUCGGAGCCUCGAAGCUGAGAAGAUCAGCCUUAGCAGGGAUAACACCCACAUUUCCUCGAGGCUCGGCGAGCUUGAAACCACCUUCUCCCAACUCUGGGAGGAGCUGGAUUCGGUGAAGUCGGAUGCUGCGAGCUUGGCCGAGAGGAAUCGGCUACUCGAAUAUGAGAGUACCCGAUAUCAAGAGCGUGCAAGGGUGUUCGAAGUGAAAGCGGAGAGCAGGGGCCGGAUGUGUGAUGAUCUGAAGAACGAACUUAAGGAAACGACCGAUGCAAAUGACACCCUCCAGGCCGAGCUUCAAUCGGCCAUCCAAAUGGAGAAUGUUCUUGGAGAGGCUCGAGAUGCUCUAGCGGCGAAGUUAUCCCGGGUCGAGGCUGAUUUGGACGAAGCUUGGAAGAGCGUGGAAGCCGUCGAGGCUCAGUCUACUAUUGUUGCUGAGUACGAGAAAUGGAAAUCUCGGAGGAUCACUCUUGAGCAAGCCGAGGCUAAAAGGAUCGAGGGAGAGGAUAAGGAUGCUCUCGGUUUUGACUCCGAUGACUCUGAGCGGACAAUGUCCGAACGUUCUGGCUCCAGCCAUUCCGGGUAG